CAGCACUAUAAUUAGUACCUCUACUGCUCAAGAUGAACUACAGGGUAAAAAAGAUGAUAUAAUGCAGAAAACCUCUUCUUCUUCAACUUCCGGAUCUGGCUCUGCUUCUGGUACAUCUCGUGCAUCCGCCACUCCCACAAAGAUUCCUGGCAUUGCUGUUACAAACGUGCAUAAAAAGUACACGGACAAUCGCGCACUGCAAGCUCAAGCUCAACAAACAUCAAAGUCAAGCCCAUCGUCCUGCUCUCAUAGUUCUUGGUAUCAAGCACAUCAACAGAACAACUACUACUACUACUACUCCGGUUACUACAACAACAACUAUGGCUCUUGGAACUAUUCAUCUUCGGCUAAAGGGUAUGGGAAACAGCAGAGGAACGUUGCUGCAAGUACUUCUAGUUCUAGCAAACAUUACAGUCAUCAUGCCAACGGGUACAACACUCAGUAUUCUGAGAAUCACGGAGAGAACUACCACUAUGGAGGAAAAAAAGGAGCAAAGGCGAAGGGGAAAGCUGCGUGA